GCAAAAAUUAAUAGAGACUAAUGUUACAUACUGAUCAAAACCGAAACUAAAAGAAAUAAUAAUAUUAAACGACACACCGUUGAGGGCCGUAUAGGAGUUCGUUGUUCGGUGGUUUGGAGAGAAACAAUACGAUGGGAGCGGAAAUUGAAGCGCAGGAAAAUCACGCAGAAGAGAGGCCAAGACCUUCUCCCACUACUCUCACACCAGAUCAGUUCCUCUCAUGGAAGCGCCAAAAGGAUGCUGCUGCAUCAGCUAGAAAAGCUGAAGCAUCAAGGAAACGGGCUGAGGAUAUUGCCGCUGGAACAGUCCAAAUGAACGGCCGGGAACUGUUUCUGCAUGAGCCAUGGGUGUUUGAUGAAUCAUGAUAGAGGUUUCUUUUUGUGGGCUCGAAGGGCUCUUCAUGGUCAUGCUUUUAAGUAUUUCAAUUCGUGCUUGCAUAGAGCUGGGGUUCAUAUGAGAUAUCAUAUUUGUGAUAGAAGUACUUUUUUUUGUCAAACUUUUUUAUGUAGCAACAUAUUUUUGGAAAUAUGAAUUGGACAUAAUUGUUUCUACAUAAAAACAGGGUGGAUCUAUUUUACGUGAAAAACUUUGUGAAUUAUAUAGUUUACUGUCUCUAUCUGACAAUGAAUUUCUUCUCAGAUACUAACAUUUCCAAAUAGUAACAGUUUGGCAGUUUGAUUA